AUGGCUUCUGAGAGUAUUUCUACUCGUAUUGGUACCAGUACUGUUGCUAGUACUGUUGCUGCUGCUGCCAAUACUGCUACUAAUGAUAAAGGUACUACCACUGCUAUCGAGUCUCCUCUUCUGUUUGCCGACGAUUUGAUUUUGGUCCAAGGCAUGCUACCUUAUGUUGGCGUUGGGCAGUACGCUUUUAUAGGAGCUGUGAACAAAAAGAUGAAUCAACUGUACAAAGAGUACUGCACAAUUGAACUCAAGGAAAAUCCAAAAAUCGUAAAAGAUUUCCCGUUGAUUCACCCGUUCAAUGGCAGUCGCUCUGCAGAAAUCACCGACACUUUUUGCAAUGAAACAUUCUGUAACCAGCAACGUGCAGAAUACUGGCUCAAGGAAAAUUCCAGCGACAAACAACCUAAUCAUGAUCAAGUUUGCAAUGUGAUUGCCAGAUAUGGAAAUAUUAUGGUCAUGAAAUGGGCACGGCAACAAGGAUUCGAUUGGCGUGAGCGGACGUGUGCUGGAGCAGCUAGAAAUGGACAUUUUGAAUUACUCCAAUGGUUAAGAGAGAAUGGUUGUCCAUGGAAUGGAGGGACAUGCUCCAAUGCUGCUGAAGGUGGCCACUUGGAAAUCCUAAAAUGGGCUCGUGAAAAUGAUUGUCCAUGGAGUACAAAUACAUGCUGGGCUGCUGCUGAAAAUGGCCAUUUGGAAAUUGUAAAGUGGGCUCAUGCAAAUGGUUGUCCAUGGAAUUAUCACACUUGUGCCGUUGCUGCUAGAAAUGGGCAUUUGGAAAUUGUAAAGUGGGCUCGUGAAAAUGUUGUCCAUGGAAUGACAACAUGUGCGUGCUGCUAA